AUGUUCAGUCUGCUGCUUGAAAGAGUUGCUGUUCUUGUCCUGUGCUUUUCAGCUAUCCAUUCUCUGCGGUACUUCUACAUAGCUACACCAGGAAUCCCAGCUUUCCCUGAGUUUGUAGCCGUUGGGAUGGUGGAUGGUGUGACUGUCUGUUACUAUGACAGCAGCACACAGAGGAUGGUUCCCAUGCAGAGGUGGAUGGCGGAUAAUCUGGAUCAGCGGUACUGGGAGGAGGAGACCAGUCUGGCCAGGAUGGCUGAGCAGGCCCUCAAAGCAGACAUUGAGAUUUUAAAACUGCGCUUUAAUCAGAGUGACGGAGUGCAUGUUUUUCAGAGAAUGUACGGCUGCCAUUAUGAUGACGGCAAAGCCACCAGCGGCAGUGAGCAGUAUGGCUAUGAAGGAGCAGAUUUCAUCUCCCUGGAUCUGGACAACAUGAGAUGGGUGGCAGCAGUGCUCCAGGCCGUCCCCACUAAACUCAAAUGGGACCGUUUCGACUCCCAGAUUCAGGGCCGAAAGGACUACUUCACCCACGAGUGCACUGACUGGCUGAAGAAAUAUGUUCAGUAUGGCAGCAGCACUCUGGGAAGGAAAGUUCCUCCAGAGGUCUCUGUGUUCUUGAGCAGCUCCUCCUCCUCUCCUGUGGUGUGCCACGCUACAGGUUUCUACCCUGACAGGGUGAUGAUCACCUGGAAGAGAGAUGGAGCGGAGAUGCAGGAGGACGUGGACGUGGGGGAGACGCUGCCUAAUGGAGACGGAACCUUCCAGAAGAGAGUCGUGCUCACAGUGUCACCUGAGGAGAGGGAAAAGUUCAGGUUUACCUGUGAGGUGGCACACCAGAGUGGAGAGCCAAUCAUCAGGACCCUCACUGAGGUCAAUGAAUCAAUUCAUCUGUAA